UUCACCAGCACAUACUUACUUGCAUAUCACAGGUUGGUAGAUGGCUGCAUGGUUGUGGCAGGCGCUGCAAGAUGCUCCCGAUUCUGGGUGGCGUCGCUUUUGCUUUUGCCACUUGCAGUGGUUCCGCUGUUUGUCUUCUGGUCGAAGGAAAAGGGCGGCAAUUUUGCAUUUGUGGCGAGUUCGUUUCCGACGGACAGCGACAGCUCCGCUGACGAGAACCAUCCAGCGGGUGUGGCUGACAAUGCUCAGGAAAUGAGCUUUGCACAAAAAGCCGCGAGGCCAUUCAGACCUCUUACCAUUCUGGCUCAGCCAGACUUGUUUUUUCUACUUUGGACCCACGACUUUUCGAUCAGAGAUGAUACACAGUUCAUUUUGGACUUUGCGUCAGAGAUGGCAUCUUCGGGCCAUAGAGUUUUGCUGGAAAGCCCUGCUGAUGGUGUGGUGCUGCAGCAGCUAGAUCCUGCUUAUAAUUUUGGCGCCAGGGUGAAUCCUCGCCUAAGGAAGAUAUUAUCAGGGCAGAGCAGGUCUGUGCAGGAUGCGAUUGCCGGUGAUGAGCUUCCACAUGUGAUCGUGUUCUUCUCAACUCUGUGGACCCCCUUCUUCCUCCAGCUGCAACCUGAUCGAACCACCACUGACCUUCGGUUGGUGUGGUAUUUCUACCACCCAGAAAUUUGUGCCAAGGAGAUCAUGUCGAACCGGAAAGAGGUUGGAGACGCCAUGGCCAAGGUUCAGCGCGUGCUGUUUCUGACUGAUGCAGAGCGGAAGGCUUGGUCGCAGCAUGACCUUGGGCACUUCACAGUCUUUGGGCCCUUCGCCAUGAUCGGAACGGGCUUGGUCUCCUCCAGCCAGAAAAGUGCACUGCGAAGUGAAAUUCGGAGUCGUCAUGGCUGGAAUCCGGACACUUGCGUGAUCAUCCUUUUGUUAGACUCGUGUGGAAGUCAACCAGAAGUGGAUUUCAUGGGCAGCAACAUCGUGAAGAUGUUGAACGAACGGUUUGGGUCCUCAUGGUUUCUCGUGAUGUUCACCAAUGUCAUGAUGCCGAAACCAAAGACAAGUCACUUCCUCAUGUUAUCCGAUCGAACUGAACUUGUGAAGUACUUGGCGGCUGCAAACUGGCAUGUGAGCUGGACACCAUCCGCUUUUGCCACAGAUGCCUUGGUCGCCCGGUACUUCGGACUCCCGGUGCUCGAGCGUCGCGGGCAUGAUGGACUGAUUUCCUCCAACUAUCACAUGAUCCAGAAGUCUUUUGAGACGAGCCUGGCCAAGAUGAUGAAGAUGACAUCCAGCCAGCUCUCCGCCAUGAAAACUCGAGACAAACUGCAGGUGCAGCCGAGGCUAUUAGCUUCAGUUCGUCGGUCUUAUUUGCUCGUUUUGCUUCGAAGAUCCUGUACCGCCCCCCCAGCUCAUCGAAUUGGCCUUUUCAUCCAGUUGAUGUAUCCGGGUGUGAGUGAAUCCUUGAGGAGGUGCAUUGACAUGGUCCUGCUUGCAGCCGACAGCACAAAUAGCACUGUUGACGUGAUCCUCACCACGACCAAGCCACAUAUCUCCUUCACGAAAUUCCUGGCCACCGUGCGGAAGUCAGCUCCUGCGUCCCUGCGAUUCGACGUGCUUUCAAAAGCCGAUCACAGAGGGAGUGACAACGGGGUGUUUCUGCAGCAGCUCCUUCUCACACGGGAAUUGGAAUUGGAGCACGAUCUCAUCUUAAAGCUGCGGACAAAAAAUGAUUCUGGUUGGAGUGAGAUGGUGGCACGUGACCUUUGCGGAAGUGUUGAAACAGUCAGUGGGAUCAUUGACCAGUUCAUUGGAGACCAAACCCUCGGCAUGAUUGGACCCACCAACUUGACCUUUACAAAAGAUGGGCUGCUCAACAAUCACACAGUUGGUCAGCAAAAAAUUGACUUUGAUGUGACGUCAUGGAAGCCGAUGAAAGGCGUUUGGUCCAUGUUGAGCAGAGAGAGGCCUCGGCUUCCGCCAUGGGCUUGGACAUUGGUGUCCGGAUCAUGCUACUGGGUGAGGGCAAACCAGUCACUUUGGGAAGAAUAUCUCAUUCCGUUUGCCCCGAAGAUCCUCGAAGGAUGCAAGCCCAGACAGGAGUGCUCUGCUGUAGUUGGCCUAGAACAACUACUGCCAACACUAGUUACCAUGAGGCAGAGGAUUGCCGUGCCGUGAAACACUGACGGCAUCACCGAUUAAUCAACAGUUGCUCGCCGAGUUUCACUUACAGAGGCGGCUUCAGUCAAAGCAAAAUCAAAUGUGGUUUUGGGGUGGCAAGCGGAUGGAAGUGGGCCCCUGUACAGUACUUGCAGGGCGGCAAGUCAGUGGGCCCCACAUAUGGGGCUGCCAGUGUUAUUGACAUUGACAUGGCAUUCGACACACCUCAACUGCGAGGGUCG